ACCAAAACGGUCGACUAAGACGGCCGGUCGACGGCCAGAUCCCGUUAGCUUUGUUUGAUAUCAACGUCGCCCCUGUGAUUGCUGCUUGUGCAUUCUGACGUUGGACCUCGUGCCUAUCACUGUCUAUCUUCUCUCACCUGCCUGCUACUUUCUUUUUCCUCUCCCUCAACCUAUAGCCAACUGUCUUGCCUCAUAUCCCAUUUCCGUUUAUCUCGCUUUGCUUUUGCUUCUCAGUCCUUGACCUAUCCUCACCGCCUAGGCCGGUUUCACAACGUCUCGCACAGCACAAGAUAGCACAACACAAGCCACUCAAGCCUCACAAGCCUAUGAUCUGAAUACCUAACCAACACCAUCGCAAAAGGGCGGCAGCCAUCAUCGAAAUGGCUCCCAUAGCUCUCUCGCCCGAGCGUGCUGCCUCACACCUGGACUCUCUUGCAAUAAACUUUGAUGAUACUAUCCGCUUCUACCUGAACGGCACCCGUGUGGUGCUCGACGAGGUCGAUCCCGAGGUUACCCUGCUAGAAUACCUUCGGGGCAUAGGACUCACCGGCACCAAGCUCGGCUGCUCGGAAGGUGGCUGUGGAGCCUGCACUGUGGUGGUGAGCCAGUACAACCCAACCACCAAAUCCAUCUAUCAUGCAAGCGUGAACGCUUGCCUCGCUCCAUUGGCCAGUCUCGAUGGUAAACAUGUCAUCACAGUUGAGGGCAUCGGGAAUGUCAAAUCUCCUCACCCGGCCCAGGAACGCAUCGCCAAGGGCAAUGGCUCUCAAUGCGGCUUCUGCACGCCUGGCAUAGUCAUGAGCCUCUAUGCUCUUCUGCGCAACAACGAUGCCCCCACCGACGAGGAUAUCGAGGAGGCAUUCGACGGAAAUCUCUGCCGGUGCACCGGAUACCGGCCCAUCCUCGACUCGGCAAAGACAUUCAGCACCACUGCGGGCUGUGGGAAAGCCAAGGCCAACGGCGGCAGCGGCUGCUGUAUGGACAACGCAGACGGGGAUGGUGCUGCUGCCGGCUGCUGCAAGAGCAACGGCAACGGCCCCAACGGGGACACUCAGCCCAUCAAGAGAUUUACCCCUCCAGGCUUCAUCGAAUAUAAGCCCGAUACCGAGCUCAUCUUCCCUCCGACUCUCAAAAAGCACGAGUUUAAGCCUCUUGCGUUUGGGAACAAGCGCAAAAAGUGGUAUCGACCAGUCACCCUGGAGCAGCUCCUCCAGAUCAAAAGUGCAUACCCUGCCGCGAAAAUCAUCGGUGGAAGCACAGAGACGCAAAUUGAAAUCAAAUUCAAAGCCAUGCAGUACCCGGUCUCGGUAUAUGUUGGAGACGUUGCUGAGUUGAGACAGUAUUCCUUCGAGGAUGACUACGUUGAGAUUGGAGGCAACAUCAUCCUCACUGACUUGGAGAACAUUUGUCAAGAGGCCAUAACCCAUUAUGGCAAGGACCGGGCUCAGGUUUUUGAUGCCAUGUACAAACAACUGAAAUAUUUCGCCGGCCGCCAAAUCCGCAACGUCGGCACCCCUGCAGGCAACCUUGCCACUGCUUCCCCCAUUUCUGACCUCAACCCCGUCUUCAUGGCGUCGGAUGCCGUUUUGUUUGCCAAGUCUGCCGAAAAGACCACAGAAAUACCCAUGUCCGGAUUCUUCAAGGGCUACAGGCGGACGGCCCUUGCACCAGAGGACGUUCUCGCGUCAAUCCGCAUACCGCUUACCGAGCCCGGCCGCGAGUUUUUCAGGGCGUACAAGCAGGCCAAGAGGAAAGACGAUGACAUUGCCAUUGUGACAGGUGCUUUGCGAGUCAAGCUAGACGACAAGGGAAUCGUGGAAGAAGCCAACCUUUGCUUCGGCGGUAUGGCUGCAUGGACGACAGCUGCGAAGCAGGCGAACGAGUACAUGGUUGGCAAAAAGUUCGCAGAACUUGAGACUCUGGAGGGAACCAUGAACGCGCUUGAGCAAGACUUCAACUUACAGUUCAGCGUGCCGGGCGGAAUGGCCUCCUACAGAAAAGCCCUCGCAAUGAGCUUCUUCUAUCGCUUCUAUAACGAAGUGAUGCUCGGCCUGGGUGACCACGAACACACUGACGAGCAGGCUGUGGAGGAAAUCGAGCGAGACAUCUCGACUGGUGAGACAGAUGGUACUGCCACUCUAGCCUAUCAGCAGACGAUUGUAGGGAAGGCCAAUCCUCACCUCGCCGCCUUGAAGCAGACCACGGGUGAGGCACAAUAUACGGACGACAUCCCGAAGCUGGCCAAUGAGCUCUCUGGCUGCCUCGUUCUGUCCACAAAGGCACACGCGAAAAUCAAGUCGGUGGACUAUUCCGCUGCCCUGGACAUCCCAGGUGUGGUGGAUUACAUCGAUCACAAAGACAUGCCAAGUAAGGAAGCGAAUCAUUGGGGUGCGCCACACUUUGAAGAGGUUUUCCUGGCCGAGGAUGAGGUCUUCACCGCCGGACAGCCCAUCGCUUUGAUCUUAGCAACCUCGCCGCAGAAGGCAGCAGAGGGUGCAAGAGCUGUGAAGGUCGAGUAUGAGGAACUGCCAGCCAUCUUCACGAUGGAGGAGGCAAUCGAGAAAGAUAGCCUCUUCAACUUCUUCAGAGAGAUCAAAAAGGGAGACCUGGAGGAGGGCUUCAAGAACAGCGACUACACCUUUACUGGUAUUGCCCGCAUGGGUGGACAGGAGCAUUUCUAUCUCGAGACAAACGCGUGCGUCGCGAUCCCCAAGCCAGAGGACGGCGAGAUGGAGAUCUGGUCAAGCUCGCAGAACUGCAACGAAUCCCAAGCAUACGCCGCCAGAGUUCUGGAGGUCCAGGCCAACAAGGUUGUCGUCAAAGUGAAGCGUCUUGGUGGCGGCUUUGGUGGCAAGGAAACACGCUGUAUCCAGCUAAGCACGAUCCUCGCACUCGCGGCCCAGAAAACACGCAGGCCGGUCCGAUGUAUGCUUACGCGCGAAGAGGACAUGGUCACAUCCGGUCAGCGCCAUCCCUUCCUCGGAAGAUGGAAGGUUGGCGUCAACAAAGACGGAAAGAUCCAAGCACUCGACCUGGACAUCUUCAACAACGGCGGCUGGAGCUGGGACUUGUCAGCGGCUGUGUGUGAGCGCGCUAUGUCGCAUUCAGAUAAUUGCUACCUGAUCCCAAAUAUCCACGUGCGUGGGCGAAUCUGCAGGACGAACACCAUGUCGAACACAGCCUUCCGCGGGUUUGGUGGACCGCAGGGACUUUUUAUUGCUGAGUCCUACAUGAGCGAGGUUGCUGAUCGGCUGGACAUACCUGUCGAGAGGCUCCGAGAGAUAAACAUGUAUAAAACCGAGGAGGAGACUCAUUUCAACCAGAAACUGACGGACUGGCAUGUGCCGCUCAUGUACCAGCAGGUGCAGGACGAAUUCCAGUAUGCUAAGAGAAGGGAAGAAAUCUCGAAAUUCAAUGAGAGCCACAAAUGGCGGAAGCGGGGACUGGCCAUCGUCCCCACCAAAUUCGGCAUAUCCUUCACUGCUCUGUGGUUCAACCAAGCUGGUGCCUUGGUACAUAUCUACCACGACGGAUCUGUCCUGGUGGCACAUGGCGGUACUGAGAUGGGCCAGGGCCUACACACGAAAAUGACCAUGAUCGCUGCGGAAGCUCUCAAGGUUCCCCUGGAUAAUGUCUUCAUUUCUGAGACAGCGACCAACACAGUAGCCAACGCAAGUGCUACAGCGGCAUCCGCAUCAUCUGACCUCAACGGCUACGCGAUAUACAACGCGUGCGAACAGCUCAACGAGCGCCUCGCCCCGUACCGGGAGAAGCUCGGCCCAGACGCGACGAUGAAGGAGCUCGCCCACGCGGCAUACUUUGACCGCGUCAACCUCUCAGCCCAGGGCUUCUACAAGACACCCGAGAUCGGGUACACCUGGGGCGAAAACAAGGGCAAGAUGUAUUUCUACUUCACACAGGGCGUCGCGGCGGCGGAGGUGGAGAUAGACACGCUCACGGGGUCGUGGACGUGCCUGCGGGCGGACGUCAAGAUGGACGUGGGGCGGUCGAUCAACCCGUCCAUCGACUACGGGCAGAUCCAGGGGGCGUUCGUGCAGGGGAUGGGGCUCUUCACGAUGGAGGAGUCGCUGUGGCUGCGCAACGGGCCGCAGGCGGGCAACCUCUUCACGAGGGGCCCGGGCGCGUACAAGAUCCCCGGGUUCCGCGACGUGCCGCAGGUGUUCAACGUCAGCCUGCUCAAGGACGUCGAGUGGCAGGACCUGAGGACGAUCCAGCGCAGCCGCGGCGUGGGCGAGCCGCCGCUGUUCAUGGGCAGCGCCGUGUUCUUUGCCAUCCGCGACGGGCUGAAGGCCGCGAGGGGGCAGUACGGGGUGCGGGCCAAGACGGUCGCCGAGGGGGACGGCGAGGUUGACGCGAAGGAUGACGGGCUGCUCAGGCUGGAGAGCCCGGCGACGACGGAGAGGAUCCGGCUGGCGUGUGUGGAUCCCAUCAUGGAGCGGGCGAGGGUGUUACCCAAGGGUGGGGAGAAGAGCUUCUUCAUUGCUAUCUGAUCCAUACGGGGGGUGCAAUUAAUUGCUUUUCAUCAUGAAUACUAGGACACGAUUAUCUGGGUUGUAGCAUAAGUUUGUUGAUGUUAGAAGCAAUUCUCGGCAAUGCCGUUUGGCCGAGGUCCUAUUCCGAAGGGCAAUCCAAAGACCCCGAAGCAAGAGCACGAGGUGGAUUUCCCUGUUUGGAUUUCUGGGCGUCUUACGCGUGGAGCAGGCCUCGAUGGGCGGUAAAAUUGU